AUGUUAUACCCCAUCCCACCUGCUAUCCCCAUGUUAUACCCCAUCCCACCUGCUAUCCCCAUAUUAUACCCCAUCCCACCUGCUAUCCCCAUAUUACACCCCAUCCCACCUGCUAUCACCAUGUUAUACCCCAUCCCACCUCCUAUCCCCAUAUUAUACCCCAUCCCACCUGCUAUCCCCAUGUUAUACCCCAUCCCACCUGCUAUCCCCAUAUUAUACCCCAUCCCACCUGCUAUCCCCAUGUUAUACCCCAUCCCACCUGCUAUCCCCAUAUUAUACCCCAUCCCACCUGCUAUCCCCAUGUUAUACCCCAUCCCAUCUGCUAUCACCAUGUUAUACCCCAUUCCACCUGCUAUCCCCAUAUUACACCCCAUCCCACCUGCUAUCCCCAUAUUACACCCCAUCCCACCUGCUAUCCCCAUGUUAUACCCCAUCCCACCUGCUAUCCCCAUAUUAUACCCCAUCCCACCUGCUAUCCCCAUGUUAUACCCCAUCCCACCUGCUAUCACCAUGUUAUACCCCAUUCCACCUGCUAUCCCCAUAUUACACCCCAUCCCACCUGCUAUCCCCAUGUUAUACCCCAUCCCACCUGCUAUCCCCAUGUUAUACCCCAUUCCACCUGCUAUCCCCAUGUUAUACCCCAUCCCACCUGCUAUCCCCAUGUUAUACCCCAUUCCACCUGCUAUCCCCAUGUUAUACCCCAUCCCACCUGCUAUCUCCAUAUUACACCCCAUCCCACCUGCUAUCCCCAUAUUACACCCCAUCCCACCUGCUAUCCCCAUAUUAUACCCCAUCCCACCUGCUAUCCCCAUGUUAUACCCCAUCCCACCUGCUAUCCCCAUGUUAUACCCCAUUCCACCUGCUAUCCCCAUAUUACACCCCAUCCCACCUGCUAUCCCCAUGUUAUACCCCAUCCCACCUGCUAUCACCAUGUUAUACGAGUCAGUGGUGAUCCGUUCAUGA